CUGUUUAUUAUUAUUAUUAUUAUUACUAUUUAUAUAUUUUAAUUUAUCUACAAGGAUGGACUAUGCAGAGAGAGAUGGAGGUUGCUGUUGUUGGCGGUAGCACGCGACAGAUUCUAGGGGUUUAUCCAGGGAAGUGCAUGGAAUUAAGAUGGGUAAGCAGAAAUAUUAGAAGCAAAGCCAAAGGGGACAAGGAAAAGAGAGUGUCGGUAAAGAAUAAAAAAGAAAAAGUGCCAAUAUACGUAUCCACAAACCCAUCCCACAUAAAUUCCGAGGAGCUGAGAGACCUCUAUAGUGCCUGCAAUCACUCUUGCCACCGAUUCCCUAAGUAUCUGGGCUGUGAUACUGAUGUUGUGGAAGCGGUCGAUAUUCACAAGCUCCGCACUGCUCUCUCCCACAGCUCUCUUGUCGUCUCCGUCUUCUGCAAACCCACUGAUGUUUUAUUAUUUACCACUAAAUCUUCAUCAGAGAUUAAUACUACUAGUAAUGAGAAUAUUCAGAUUCAGAUUCAGGGUCUGGGUCUGGGUCUUAAAGAUUUGUUCCAGCAACUCAUGCCUGUCACGCCAUUCAACGCCCAGUUGGUGGGUUUUGGCCGCGCCGUUUCCGAUUUUGGAUUGACUGCUUCCAUCUACGAUGUCAUGGUUAUCCCUUCAUUACGAGGAAUGGGAAUAGGCAGAAUGAUUCUUAAAAGAAUUGUAAGGAUGCUUGCAAGUAGAGACAUAUAUGACAUAGCAGCGGUUUGCUCAGAGAAAGAGAGGAUGUUUUUCAAAGCAUGUGGAUUUGGAGAUGACAUUUUGGGCUCCACUACAAUGAUGUAUUCAAGGAAGGUUUCAACUUAUGAUGAAGGCGAUCAACUAGUUAUACGUGCUGGUCGAAAGCUCCUGUUAGCUCCAGCGCUUAAAGAAACCUCUGCAUCUCUGAAGGUUAAGAAUUCAUGAAGUCGAGCCACACUCUAGCCUCAGUUCAUGCAUUAGUACGAAUAGAUGACGAGUUUUGUCGGUCGGAUAUAUUAGAAAUAUUGAAAGAGUCUGAAUGUGAAUGUUCUGUUUGUUAAUUUAGACUUGAGAGAUCUGCCUAGUCAAAUUCACAAAGUCAAACAAAAUAUUUGUUAGAAAUUAAACUCGUGCAUGAAAUUGUUGAAACAAAGUUCAUGUGUCAGAUUGUUAAAAAUCAAGUUCAUGUUAUCAAAUUAAAGUACUCGGGAAUUUGUAUCGAAUUGUAUUCAUUUCUAUUGUUAUGACUACUAGAACUUGAGAAUGAGCAAGUA